GUUGUGCUGUUGACUUAAUUCGUCAUGUUGUAUACAAUAGACUAAACGAGUGCUGUGAUGCAUUCACUGUCUCAUUGUUCCACCUUUGACACAAGCUCCCCACUGCGUACUAAUAUAAAGCUGGCCUUUCGCAGCUGAGGCAAACAACCAUGUCGGUCUUGAGGACACUGGUCCUCCUUCCCCUGGCUGCCUCCUGCGGCUGGGCGGCGUCAGACUGCUCCUACUCGGCUCUGCUCGGCCACUUGAAUCUGAGCUCCUCCAACGACUUCCUGGCCAACGUCAGGCCCGUCAAGGACUGGAAGCAGGCCACCGAAGUACAGCUGGACAUGCUGCUCUACGGCAUCUUGCAGGUGGACUCGAAGCUUCAAACCUUCACAAGCCAUGUGUGGAUUGGAACGGUGUGGAAAAGCGAUUUCCUCACGUGGGAGCCGUCUGAUUUCUGCGGCAUCACCCACUUCUCUAUUUCCAGGUCCAUGCUGUGGACGCCUGACAUAGGCAUUGAAGAGGAUGCCUCUGACAGCGGGAGCAUCCAGAAGAGUUCCUAUUUGACGGUGUACGCCAACGGGAUGCUGCAGAUGAGCGCCCGUCAGCGGCUGACGUCCACGUGCACCCUCAACCUUUUCAACUUCCCCUUCGACCGGCAGACCUGCUCCAUCACCUUCAGCCCCAUGAACACUGACGAUCAGGCCAUACUUCUCGGGACCUUCAGCGGCGAUGAAUUCAUCACCAACGUCUCGGAGCAGUCCAUGGUGACUCGUGGGGAGUGGAGCCUGAUGAAAUUGGAAAUCAUCACAAACGUGUCCGGCAAAGGCAUGCCGAGAAUGAGUAACCUGAUUUACCAGGUGAAGAUCGAGCGCAAGCCGAUGCUCUACGUGAUCAUCUUCAUCGUUCCGCUCUUCUUCCUGCUGGUCCUGGACGUGGCGUCCUUCUUCAUCGACGAGGGCCGCGGCGAGAAGUUGAGCUUCAAGAUCACCGUCCUGCUGUCCAUAUCCGUUCUGCUGCUCAUCCUCAAGGACAUGCUGCCAUCCACUGAGGACAACCUGCCCCUCAUUGCCAACUUCUGCAUGGGUGUGUUUGCCCUGGUGGGCCUCAGUGUGCUGGAGGCCAUGCUGCUCAGCUUCCUCAUUGACCUGGAUGACAAGAUGGCAAAGAAGCCAGCAGGGGCGUCCGACAGGGAGGUUCGCUCAGACAAACAGGAGAAGAAAGAUCCCGUGAAGGAGAAGGCGGAAGGUUUGCCCGUUCCAUUUGGGCCUCCGUCGGAGCACGAGCAGCUGAGACUUUUCCUGCAGGAGGUUCGUGCGGCUCAGCAGGAAGUGGCAAGUGUCGCUGCCGUGCCGAGGCCGAAACGCUUCCGAAGAGUGGCGGAAAUCGUCGACGUCGUCUUCGUCAUUCUUUACAUUUCCGCUGUCGUGACAUUUCUGGUGGUUAUGUUUGACAUGUGGAUUCCGCCUGACUUUUUCAGCUAAGAUCUGAAGAGCUCACACAAUUCAAACAGACACAAGGUCGUGAUUUAAGAAAAUUAAGCUCUUUUGUUCCGUAAUUUCAUUGACCAAUUUUCCAACAUUUUAAGUUUUUACAUUUUACAGAUUUUCCGUAAUAACCAGGCGCUGAUAUGGUGUGCAACAAUGGCAACCCAAGAAGAUUAUUACAAUUAAACUUAUAUUGUGUAGAAAAUG